GGGGGGGGGGGGGGUCCUCAUUCUUCCACCAAAGAGCCGGUGCUCGCUGUGGCAGAAUUGCAGUGCACUGGACUGUACUGAGCAGCAGAGGAUCCAGGCUGUUGUCUGUGAGGGGUGGGGUCCUUGCACAUUGAUACCACCAGACACAAGCUGACAGAGGGACAGAGAAGGAAAGAAAAGGGCAAGAAAAAAGGACGAAAAUAGAGGGGGAAGAUUGUACCAGAGGAGGAUUAUAAAACGGGAUGAAAGGAGACACUCCAGUGAACACCACAAUGAGCGUCGGUCAAGCUAGGAAACUGGUGGAGCAACUGAAGAUCGAAGCUAGUUUCUGCAGGAUAAAGGUUUCAAAGGCAGCAGCCGACCUGAUGGCAUACUGUGACGCACACGCUUGCGACGACCCACUGAUCACCCCUGUGCCCACCUCAGAGAACCCCUUUAGGGAGAAGAAGUUUUUCUGUGCUCUGCUUUGAGACAAAUCAGGGAUUGUUGUGGUCAAAAGUACUGUUGUACAGAAUGUACAUGUAUGUACAGUGUGUACACGUACUUCUAUUUCCAAUCGAGACAUCAAUGUACCAUAGUAAUCUUGCAUAAAUGCUGCCGAUGUACAGUUCAUGUUCAUCUUCAAGCUUUGAACUCUUUUGCUGAAAUUAUUGAGUAGGGGGAUAUAACACAGAAGUAAAAAAAAAAAAAAGAAUCAGAGAUACUGUUGUUUGUAUCCAUAACUACCCGACUAGAAUUUUAAUGGACCCACAUUCUCCAACACUGACAUGACAGGAAACCCCCAAAAACAAAUUAGCAUUAGCAAGUGUUGUUAACACCCUCGACAACCAAAAAUUCAAGGUUUUCGAAUAUUUUACAGGGGAAAGUUAAAAACACUGUUCUUACAUCCAGGAGUUACUUUUCUUUGAAAUGUUAACUUACUCAUUCACCCUAACCUCCUUUUUGGCAGAUACAGUACUUGUUCCCAAGACUGUUCAUGAAUGUAUUCUAAUCCCAUAACCAGUUCCUUACAAGUUACGAGAUUUUACAGUCACUACAGAGUGAACGCGCAGAUGUGUGUAUGAAUAGGUGCUACUGUGAAGAUUAAACAACUCGGUCACAUCUUGUUAGUCAUUAUUGAGAUUUUCCAAGUCAAUAGCUCACAAACAUCAAAUGAAAAGGCACAUUCCGGUAUUCAUUGAAAACUGUUUCUGGUUAAUUUAACCCAUCAGAUGGUAGGUUUACUUAAAAUGCAUAUAAAUGCAAUUUAAUGUUAAAAGCAGGUGUUGAAACAGUAGUUGAAAAAUUAGUUCCCUUACAUAAUGCUAAUGGCCAGCAAUUACUAACGCGACAAAAUCUACACAUGCACUGUAGAUUAUUAUAGUUCCCCUAACAGAUAAACUAGACUAUCUGCCCGAGUUAGGGCAUCUCUACUUUUAAACAUGUUUAAGUUUAAAGUAAUCAUGUUUUAGUUAAAAUCUAAAUUCUUAUCAUUGUAAAACUGGGGUUACAUUUGUCAAAGACUAGAUGAUGUAUGGAUCAGAAUUAAACACCAAUCCAACAGUUUUGGGUUUGUUCCACUGGAAUCUUUAUUUAUACACAUUCACUUCAUCUCCAUCAUUCAUUUAAGGGAGUGAGGGGGUUCUUAUUUUCAAAAUGUCCUAAUUUUUUUAUUUUAUGUUUCUUAAAAACAUUAAAAUUUGCAUGCUCCAAUGGCCCUUUUCCAUUUACAAACAUAUAUUGUUUAUUUCUGCUUAAAACAUUUUUGAUGAUCCAAUUUAUACUUUAGUGAAUUACCAUUAUGUUUGUGACAUAUUGUAUUAAAACAAAAAAGUCCUUCAAAAUCCUUAAAAAACAGAAUGAUACGAAAAGGUUAAAAGAAUUAGGAACAAUUG